UUGAGAAAUCAUUGUUCAGUGGGUUAUUUUCUUUGUGGGUUUUAUUAGGGAUUAUCCAUAUAACUUUUAUCAUUUCAUUGUAAUCAAAACAAAGUUCAAAUUUCAUUGUUUCUAUCUGUGGGUCUCUUAUUGUUUGUGCUUAUGAAUUUGAAUAAGAACAUUUUGUUUCCUGUCUUUGCUGUAAUUUUCAUGGUAUUUAAUAACUUUCCAUGAUUUCCAUGAUAUUUAUAAUUUGGGGCUCUGUCUCUGUUUGGUAAUUGUAUUAGUAUAGCUAUUUGUAAAUUGUCAACUUUGAGCCCUUUACUCUUACCAUCACAUAAUUUGCAGGUUUACAGACCAAGGCAACAAAUACGACAAAGCCAGUGAAAGAGGCUCCAAUCCAAAGUCGGACCCCGGAAAUUCGGAAAGACCCUGUCACAAACCGCUGGGUGGUGUUCUCUCCUGCCAGAGCAAAACGCCCUACCGAUUUCAAAUCUAAAGCCUCAGGUUCCCACAAUAUAAUUGAAUGUGCCUUUUGCAUUGGCCAUGAGUCUGAGUGUGCACCUGAGAUAUUUCGUAUUCCCCCAAAACAUCCAAACUGGAAGCUCCGGGUUAUUGAGAACUUGUACCCUGCAGUGAGCAGGAGUCCUGAGUGCCAAUUUGGCCAAAAUAGCUUUGUCAAACACGAAACAGGCGAUUGGGGACUCGCCAUCCCUGGGUUUGGGUUUCAUGACGUGGUCAUUGAAGCACCAUUGCACUCGGUACGGCUGUCUGAUUUGGAUCAGAAAGCAAUGGGGGAUGUCAUUCUUGCAUAUAAGACAAGGAUUGAGCAGAUUGCUAGACAUGAUUCCAUCAAAUAUGUCCAGGUAUUCAAGAAUCAUGGAGCUUCGGCUGGUGCUUCAAUGACUCACUCUCACAGUCAGAUGCUGUCUCUCCCAAUUGUUCCCCCUUCUGUUUCAGUUCGACUUGACAGUAUGAAGGAGUAUUUUAAUCGGACAGGAACAUGUUGUCUCUGUGAAGUUCAAUUAAAGGACCUCCUGAUUAAUGAAACAAGCAAUUUCAUUUCAAUUGUUCCUUUCGCUGCCUCAUUUCCUUUUGAGAUAUGGAUUAUUCCCCGCUAUCAUGCUUCUCAUCUUCAUGAAAUAGAUGCUGAGAAGGCUGUUGAGUUCGGGGGCUUGCUCAAACUCAUGCUUAGAAAGAUAGCAUUGCAGCUGAAUGACCCUCCCUUCAAUUUCAUGUUCCAUACUUCUCCACUUAGAGCUACUGAUUCAGAGUUGCCAUACAUGCACUGGUACUUGCAAAUCGUACCCCAGUUAACUGGUGUAGGGGGUUUUGAACUCGGGACCGGAUGUUAUAUUAAUCCCGUUUUUCCGGAGGAUGCUGCUCAGGUUUUGAGGGAUGUUUCCAAUCAAGUUGCUGAUUAAUAUACAUACAUGGAAAUAAAAAUAUGGAUGUAGAUUAGUAAGUUACCAAGAUUUUAUAUUUAAAUUCUGAUUUUUGUCUUUUAUAUUUGGUAAUUUUCUGAAGUUUUGGAUAAAUAUUUCCGCAAAAUCUUAUUUUGUACACCGAACUGCAAAACACAAUACUGAAAUUUUAUAGUGUAAAUGAUAUACUCCCUUUGUCCAAUAAUAAUUUGUUGUUUUU